UUUGAGGGGUACUUGAGUAUUAAACGGAGGCCACUAUUACGAAACGCGCCGCGGCACUUAUAGAAGGUUAAAUUGUUAUAGAUGUUGUAGUAGAACUAUUCUAGUAUUGUUGUGAGUCGAGCGUUAUCAGAUGGGUCAUGUGUCUACUCGCAAAAUCCCCUCCAAGUAGGCCAAGGUCAGGGUCGUUGACCGGAGCGCGCGCCAUUCCCUGUCAUCGCCUGUCACUGUGUCUGGUCAGUGUACUGAGUGAUUUAUUGCCGUGCGCUACUACUGCUAUACGUGUUUCAAUAAUGAGUGACGUGAUUUUGUUGUGGGAUUUACCUCGAAAUGAAGAGGAUAGUGUAAGUUUCUUUCAAGAAUGGCAUCUUUGCCUUCAGUGAAAUUGUGUGUUAACGACCACGAAAUGAAGUUGUAUUUCGGUAAGGAAUAUCCAUUCUGGCAGUGCAAUGUACAUUCGUGUCGUAAAAAGGUGUCUAUUAGGGUUGAUACUUGGUUCGGACAUAGCAGAUUAGCGUUCACGACUAUUGUUCGUUUUAUUUACUUUUGGGCCGAGGAACUAACCUCACUAAAAUUCUGUCAGAAACAGUUAGGCAUGGCCGGUAAAACAGUCAUCGACUGGAACAGUUAUAUGAGGGAGGUUUGUGUAUUCAGUGUUGAAAACAAGAAUAGUGGAAAAAUUGGUGGCGAAGGUAAAAUUGUCGAAAUUGACGAGAGUUUGUUUACCAAGCGUAAAAAUAACGCCGGGAGAGUGCUACCACAGCAGUGGGUGUUCGGAGGUCUGUGCCGCGAAACAGGACAGAGGUUUUUAGUAAAAGUGCCGAACCGUGGGGCAGAUACAUUGCUUACUGAAAUAUUGAACCAUAUUGAACCGGGAAGUACGAUACUUUCAGACUGUUGGAAAGGUUACAAGUCUGAGGAACUAGAAAACGCCGGCUUCACACAUUUCACGGUAAACCACAAAUACAACUUCGUGGACCCUGACACUGGGGCUAGUACGCAAUAUGUCGAGCGAAUGUGGGGCAGUGCAAAGUGGAGAAAUAAAAGGCAGCGAGGAACUGCGCGCCAUCAUUUGGAUAGCUAUUUGGUAGAAUACGUGUGGCGAUCAGAUGUGACUGCUAGCGGCGGCGACGCUUUCAACUCCAUCCUGACCAACAUUGCUGCGUUCUGGGUUGCACAACGUCAGAACCAGGAGUCGGAUUAAUUCUAAACUUCACCUGUUAAUCUAUUAAAGUGUGUUCUUUCCAAUUAUGUAGUUAUUUAUGGUAUCCCGUACGAAAUAUUUCUGUAGGCCACUAUUACGAAACGCGCCGCGGCACUUAUAGAAGGUUAAAAUUGUUAUAGAUGUUGUAGUAGAACUAUUCUAGUAUUG